CACAGGAUGUUCCCAAAUCACGUAGAAGAAUGUAUCACGUAGGAUGCCCUGGGGACAGGCGUUUCAGAACUGAAUACUGAGUACAUCCCGGAAACGUUCUCAGAACAUUUGCUCCGUUUUAGUAUUUCAGAUAUCGUUUUCGGGAAAUGAUAGUUAUCACGUAAACGUUUCAUAUAAAUUCCACUAAAAUAGAUAAUUCCUCUGUUCUUUCAAAUGGGUUAAUAAACAACGCGAGGGAGAUAACAGAUAACCGGAUAAAAAGGCAGAUAAAGUCUCUCGAAGCUGGACACGUUGUGGGCGUAUGUAUAGAGCGAUUAUCGGCAUUCGGUGAAGGUUCCUGAUUUCGAAUCGGCGAUGAUAUAAUUUGUACGGGUAUACCCCGCCGGUGCCGUCAUUCUAUUUUUACGAGCGACCCAAUCAACAUGGGCGAGAAAAAAAGCGGCGAGAGGCGCGAGGCUUAUUAAAAAAGAUCGUGAGUCAAGAAGACUGCAGGCGGGACGAAACGGAUGUGGGAAACUCGAAAUCGAACCUGUGCCGUCGCCUUAGCGUCGACUGAAGGCCAAGAGGCGCGCGAUAAAAACGUUCGGCGUAUCAGUUAUCUCUCACUGUGAAUUGCGCUCAGCGAUAUAUCGGAGGCGGGCUGUUUACUUUUCCUGGAUGUCGAUAGGAUCGAUCACUCGAGGGACACAUCACGUGAGUGAGUGCCAUUAUGCGUUCCGAGAAUGAAAAAUAUUUUGACACGUGCACAGGGGGGAGUGGGGGGAGUGGAGGGGACGGGCAGAUUCCACGGAGAUGGGACGGAAUACAAAGGACUGCAUAUUAAGCCGCCCGAGUGCAUCAUCAGAGAAUUAAUUUUUCUUUCUCGUCGCGAGUGCUCCUUCAUCCGUCGUAAUCCACUGGACGAUAAACAACAACAAUGGACAAAAACGCACAUCCGCCACCACCGGGUUUCGCGCCACCACCCCCUUAUGACGCGCAGCAGCAGCAGCAGCAGGCACAGCCACAAAUGAUCGUUGUGACAGGAGGAUUCGGCCCCGAAACGCAACGCAUGACCUGUCCGCAGUGUCAUGCUAAUAUAUCCACACGGGUAGAAACCGAAUCGAACACGAAGACACACAUAAUGGCGAUUCUUCUCUGCGUCUUCUUCUGCUGGUGCUGCGCACCGUGUCCUUACUGCAUAGACAGCUGCUUGGUUAAGAAGCAUUACUGUCCAUCCUGCGGCGCUUACCUCGGGUCGUGUGACAAUUAAUACAUCAUAAUUGCAUUAAAAUACAAAGGAGAGAUUGCAGCACCGCGUUACCGUCGAUUGAGCUGCACAUUGCGCACGGCUGAUGUUGUGUUUUGAUAACGCGCGCAUCGCACGAAUAAAAAUACCGUGCAGUUGUUACGUUCACGCGUAAGAGACCAUGAGUUUCGUUUCUCCUGUACAUAAUAUCCCUAUAAGCGUGUAAUAUUAUAUAAUGUUACAUAAUUCUGGGCAUAUUCUUGAAAUAUUAGACAUAAUAUUAUAUAAUAAUA